GUUCAAUAUAUUGUUUCAGCAUCAACAUCACAUACGCAAUAGUCAUAUUAUAUCACACUUGAUAUAAGACAAAACAAAAAAAAGCAAAACUGACAGGGCAGGCAGGUGAUACACAGACUCCACAUGCACAGCAAUUACAAUGAGUGUACAGUGACACAAUGACCAAUUGCGGCACACAAUCAGUUACAUCUUAGAAUCUUUGAGACCUUUGUGUUGGCACACAUAGAUACACAAUCAGGGAUUCUUAAUUUAUGUGUUGCAAUUAUACAUACCUCCUGUUAUUAUUAUUAUUUAUUCCUGUUAUUAUUGUAAGAGAAAUUCUUAUGUAAGGGUUACUUCAUUUGUAAUUAUUUCAACAGGCUCACCAAAUGCAGUUCUGGAGGUUCAAAAACUUAAAGAACUUCUGGAGGCAGAGAAAGAGAAGGGGCAAUUUCGUGAUGAAACCAUCUCCCUCCUCAAAGAUGAUAAGACUUAUCUGCAAGGAGAACUUAAGAAAAAGGAUGAGCUCAUCCAUCAGCUACUCUCCAAGAAGGAUGAAGACAAUUCCACAAUCAUGUCCGGCAAGUCAGGUGUCAAACGCGAGCAUGGGAAUGGGAACAAAGCCAAGCAAUUGAUGAGCUUUGCUUCUGACGAGGAAGAUGAAGACUCCAGUUCCGUUCUUUCUGAUUCAUCUGAAGAGCUACCGAUUGAAAUCUCCACCCUCUUCCUCCUCUUCCCGCGAAGUUAAACCCACUGAUGAGCCGAUGAGAAGAAGAAGAGCCAGAAACACCAGGAGCAUCGUAGCACGAUACAAAAUGGCCAUGGACGCCUUCAACCGAGGGGUUUUGAUGAAAGCAGCAUUUGAGACCGUUGGUGCUGACAGAAACACCGUGUCCAGAACAGCACCCAUUGCUGAAAUCAGCAUUGCUGCACCGGAGAUAUUUAGAAAUGUGGGGGCCUGGGAUGAGCGGAAAGAAAAGCUGUCAACAUUCAUUGAAAGGUGCCACAGUGCCAUGACCCCAGAGGUCAAAGAAAAGAUUUUGAAAAUGAAGCAAGAGGGCACUCUGCUUCCAAUCGCCACCCAAGUAUAAACAUGUGAAUUGUUGUAUUGUUAAAGGUCAGGUUUGCAGUUCACACCUACAGUAUGUAGUAUGUUAUAUUUGUAUAUUUGUAGCAGUGGCUUGAAGUAGUUUCCAUGCCCAUGUUUGCACUUUACAGUUUAUUAAGAAAGAAGUUCAAACCGUGAUUUUUCACCUCCUCACCGCCAGCUCUUUCAUGAUAGGAGGAAAUUCAACACUCAUGAAUGUAAAUAGAGACAGUGGCUGCAUAGUUUCACAAGUAGAUGCAUCUAAAUCCUACGCAUUUAACGUUUAAGAUGGUAGAACAGUUAACAGGACUGUUUUCAUUGCUAAAAUAAAGCUUUAAAAAUGUACAAUGUCUUUUUCUCCCUUUUUGUGUUUUAUACCUUAAACAGUAACUAAACCCCAA